AUUACAUCUUCACGUUGGACUUCCUAAAGAAAUCUCGCUCGGGGGGUUAUGCGACCUUAGGCCCUUCAAAGGACGUGUCUACAAGUCCCUCUACAUCAACAUUAUCUGUGCGUACGUGCUUGAUCCGCUCACCAAGUUGUCUCACGACCUCCUAGGACGAUUCGAUGGUUGAGAUCAAGAGAGGCCCCUUUCCCUUGAGCCAGGGAGAUGGUGCCAAACUUCAAGAAGAUCUGAUCGAAGACGCAAAGCAUCGGCUGCUCUACUCUAAGAGCAGGGUGUAUGUCCAUCCUACUCCCUAUUCUCGUGACAAUAUCCCUGGCUUUGUGGCUUUGGUUAAACGAGAAGCUACGAGCCCGACUUACUUGCUCGCAUGGAUUCCCGAAUCUCUGCUUGAUGGGAGAGCCGAUUGGGACACAUUUGUGAGGGUCGAGAAAACUUCAUUCGCUCAUGAUGAGGAUGCUGACGGCGUACUCAUCGAGCCGCCCGCACCGCAUGGACAAUCCUACGCCUUCUCCGUCCCACUAACUUCGAUUUACUCGCUCAUGGUGUCACUGCCAUCGAUGUCAUCUUGGUACGGCUCCACAACAAUCAACCUUAUCAAUGGUUCGACGUUACCUACUUUGUAUCACCACGAUGAUGAGUCCCGAUCUCUCGAACACGACCAAAGGGUGUCACCUAAUGGACCGAGUUGGGGCGGCGAAGCACUUUUACAGAAGUUGCGCCAGUAUGCCCACCUCUUACGGUCUAAUUUGCAGCAAGGGCUGUUCCUGGUUGACCCUAGCAAGGCCGACAUCGAGGCUCAUUCCACCCUGCUUUUCGAUGACGACGCAGUGGACCUCAUAUUUUCGCAUUCCACCUUAUCUUCCCCGAUUCCCCAAUUUCGCCGGCCACAUCCGCCACCUUUGCCUUCCCAAUAUCCUCCUUCAGCGCCACUCAGUACUCAAUCAAAUCGGAAUUCUUUGCUACAUCAGGGCUUGGCAUCGGCCUCCUCAACAGUCAACGGAGGGCCAAGGCAAGCUAUUCUUUCAUCCUUCUCACAGAUCACUCGUGCCACACGACACGCGGCGCAGAAUAUUCUGUCGCAUCCAUUAGCCAAACCGAUUUUGCCCCACCUCCCAGAACCAGUCAAAAGCUUUGCUAAUGCACAAGGAGAAUGGUCAAGCUGGGUAGAGAAAGGCGGUGUCGGAGAGUUUGAGAGUGCGAGAGUCUACCUUGCUAAAUGGGCACGAGUGGUGGCCGAGGAAGGUGAACGCGCGAGACAAAGUGAGGUAUAUGGCAUCCCCAGAAACGCCACGCAUGAUGAGGAGACUUCCGAUCUCGGGGUGUUUGAGUUGUUGACUGCAAAUGCAAGUCUUCCGAUACCUAAGGCAACGCGGACCCCACGGAACCCUAUCGAUCUCGAGACGUGGAACAGUUGGUUUGCUGGUGAUGGUCGCCCCAAGAUCACUUUUGAUGAGUUUCGCGGUCAAGUCUUUCGUCGAGGCUUCGUUUAUGAGGCUAGACGCAAGGCGUGGCCGUAUCUGCUCGAAGUGUUUCCAUGGAACGCCACCCACGAGGAGCGAGACUCUGUUUUGGAGGGAAAAGGACGAAUCUACGCGGACAUUAAGAAAGAGUGGGAGAGCAAUGCGGAGGUAUUCAAUCGGGACGACGUCGUGGAGGAACGGCAUCGGAUAGAUGUGGAUUGUAGGCGCACCGAUCGAACGCAUCCACUUUUUGCGAUAGACGAGGAAGCUGUUGUCUCUGUAUCGACACUGCGUCUGGAAGAAACGGGGGCCCAAUCCCUCGCUAACGAACAUGUGAAUCGCCUAGCGGUGAUACUGCUUACAUAUAAUUUCUACGAGAGGGAGUUGGGUUACGUUCAAGGAAUGUCUGAUCUCUGCUCUCCGAUCUAUGUUGUGUGUGGGGCGGAUGAAGUUACAACAUUUUGGUGCUUUGUCUCCGUGAUGGAGCGUAUGAAACAAAACUUUUUACGAGACCAGAGUGGUAUGAAGAAGCAGCUUUCUAUGCUGCAGCAACUGGUUGCUAUGAUGGACCCUGAGCUUUAUCGACACUUGGAGAAGACUGAUUCAUUGAACCUGUUCUUCUGCUUCAGAUGGGUCCUUAUUGUCUUCAAGCGUGAGUUCCCAUUUGAGGAUGUGCUUCGGUUAUGGGAGGUGCUAUGGACCGACUUCUACACCAAGCGCUUCGUAUUAUUCGUUGCUCUUGCCGUUCUUGAAUCACAUCGUGAUGUUAUACUCAGGUAUCUCGUAGAGUUCGAUGAAGUACUCAAGUAUUGCAACGAACUCAGCAUGAGUAUUGAACUGGAUUCUACUCUAGCCCAAGCCGAAGUUCUCUUCCUCUCUUUCUCGCAAAUAAUUGCCGACGUCGAUCGGCGGCGAGCUGAGCAUGCUUCGCAGCAUGCGUCAACCAGAGAAGCUUCCUUAAGAAGGCGAACCGGUGCAGAGCAGGUCAGUGAAGAUGCCCCUAAAAAGUCGGAUGUGCGGGUGCGCGAGAUCCUCCCGAUCAUCUCUGAUGACAUGAGAGAAUUGCUCACGGCUUGACGUGUUUUGUCGUUAUUGAGUGACAGCAGUCUCUAUGUCCAGUGCCAUAGGCAUAUGUAAUGUCCAAUUCAUGCCUUUAGACACGCAAGUCGAAGUUGAACUGGGACAAUGGCAUGCGUUCUCCAUCUACGUGUAUUGCUUGUCGUAAUAUCUUCAAUGUGCUUUAAUGUAUCCAUUUGCACGUCCGUCCG